ACAUUGGAUGUUUGGAAAUUAAAGCGUCGAUGAAGAUGUUGGACUUCCCGACACGAUCGCAGGUUGCAAAAGAAUGUAUCAACCGGGUGUGUGAAGCGGCGAGUUUGAAGAGCUCCAAAAAACGACGGGUGGACAAACGCGUGCUGCAGUGUAUAUCGGACACACCGGACAUGGAGCAUGCCGGCACGAACGUUACACUAACCGUCUCGAGCAAGUACCUGUCGCUGGUGAACGUGGACACUGGCGAAAUCAUUGCAAAGCACGAUAUGCCGAGAAUAUCGUUCGCUUCUGGCGGUGACACGGAUACGCUCGAUUUUGUGGCGUACGUGGCCAAGGAUCUGAAUGAAUGGCGCGCCUGUUACGUGCUAGAAUGUGGUGGUAGUCUCACGCAGGACCUCAUAGCGACAGUGGGACAAGCGUUCGAGCUGCGGUACAAAGAGUUCUUCAAGCAGCCAGAAACGCAACACAAGUUCCGGGAGCUGACGCGCUCGGAUAAGGAAUAUUACAACGACCUUCCGGACAAGAUGCCACCCGAUCUGCUUACGGAAAAUGAUCACCACUCUUCCUCGCAGUCACACAGCUCGUCAAGCGUCAAGACACGAGAAAGGAUACCGAGUAAUCUGAUUGACCUCAACACGCCCCUUCCCAGUCAUGACUACGUCAACGACAAGCAGUCGAACAACGCAAAUUCGCACACCAAUAAGUCAUUAUCUUCCAGCUCGAUCGUGAAGGAUGUGUUUGAUAUGCAACCCUUCACCAUUUCGUCCGAGAUACAAAAGUCUCAACUGCUUACCGAAUCCUGGUACCAUGGUAAUAUCAGCCGGGCGCAAUCCGAGCACCUGCUUAAGAAUGACGGCGAUUUUCUGGUUCGAGAAUCGGCCGGCACGGUUGGCCAGUACGUGCUGACCGGCAUGCAGAACAACUCCCCCAAACACCUGCUGCUGAUCGAUCCGGAAGGCAUCGUACGAACCAAAGAUCGAGUGUUUGAAAGUAUUAGCCAUCUGAUAAACUUUCACUGGACGAACUCGCUCCCAAUCAUAUCGGCCGAGAGUGCGCUACUGCUGCGGCAUCCGAUCCUGCGGACGACAGACCUACUGUCAAAGGCCAAACAGCAGCAGGGCCAUCUCAACCUGCAGUGAGAAUAGAACCUAAAAUAUACUAGAUUUUAACAAAAAUUACUAACGUUAGUGGGCCAGAGGAGGAUUCACCGAAGGCGGAAGAUGGAUUGUAAAGAAGUUAACUAGAACUCGGCGAAAGCCGAUGAACGAGAGAGGGUCUAGAAAACUAUAUAGCAAACUAGAAAUCAAUAGCACCGCAGCAACAAAUGGCGAUGAUGUGUGUGCAAUUCACGGUGGUGAUUCGCAAUUAAGGUACGGAUCGUGUACGAUCCUUACUCUAGUUCGUUCGUUGUUUAUCUUUCUGUUAUUGCAAAAAACAUAAAUUAACUUUAUCGAAGCACUAAUCAAAUACUACUACCAAAAAAACUCAAAAGGGGCAAAAAAGGGAAAUAUAACUCACACAAGGGAAUCGGGUGGGAAGAAUAGUGCGUCAAGAGAACGCGCAACAACCAGGGCACAAGAAAAAAAGCUUGUGAACACGAAAAAGUUAUUGGGCAGUACUGUAUAAGAAUGUUCAUAGUGAAGGGGCGACAAUUGAGCGGAAGACGACGUCUUAUAUAUCUAUAUUCACAUACACAGGUCAAACAUCUUUACGGGAAAGACAGUAGAAGAGAGAGGCCGAAGUAGAUAUCUUCGAUAGGUGGUGCAGGUUCGAACACAGGUUUUCUUACGAGCGCACAGGUGAAAUGGUGCCAGGGGGGGAUUAGUAACGGUAAUUUCGACACUGCAAGCAGCACACCUUUAAAGGUGUUAGGGAUAUUGCACCAGGUCCAAUCAACUUGCAAAGACAGUACGAAGAGAAAGUGCUCUUUUCACUCGAGUCGCAAUGAUGUAUUUUAUGAGAAAAACUGGAAACGCUGAUAUGCGGCAGAACUAUCGAAACGUAAAUUCUAAUCCUCAAGAACAAAACUGAACCGACCGGGAUUAUGCCGAAGAGUUACAAAACCUUAACACACGUAGUCAAAAGGUGACAAAUAUUGACUCUAGUUCGUAGCCAUCACAAAAAGUCGUAGCAAGCACGGAGAUCGAAGGAAGGUCGUUGACUGGAUAAUGAAGAACAUCGAAACAACCAGGAAGAGGCGUGAAAGCACCGGAUUUUUGGCAGCAUGAGGUGCAUCAAAUGGCAAGGUUGCCUCCGGAUUGCAUUUAUUACCCUAGACACGGGUGCAAUGCCAUUUGGUCAUUCCACCAACUCGAAUCGCGCACUGAAACUAAUUGUUUAUUUUAAAAUAACCUUCCGGGCGUGCCCAUUCCUUUUAUUCUUACGUGAUUUCGUGUAGCACUGUUGUUGCGAGACUUAUGAAGUAUUUAUUUUUCGACUGUUCGUAUACAUUCACCGUUUUUCUGGCGUUUACUCUAUCGCAGUGGGCGCAGCAAACAACGUGCUCUGUUUGUCCGCGCCUCAAGUCAGUAGUCAGUAUUUGAAUCGUUUUGUACAUUGAAAUAUUACUGCCCUCGGUCAAAAACGGUGUGUACGACCAACAACAAGCAACAAACCUAGAACAAAGCGCGCGAGGAACGUGAAUUGGCGAGAAAAGUGGGGUAGAUGAUGGUGAUGAUGGGAAAACGGUUCAUAUUUUUGCUUUUCACAAACUUCUUAUAUACGCAAAUAAUACAAACUUCUUCCACAGCGGAACGAGAGAAAGGGGAAGCGUAUGUUAGGUGAAUUUGCACUUAAACUCUACAACCUACAAACAACAGAACGAUAGUAAUAAUAUUUAACAAGCAAAUCUGCAUCAGGGUACCUUUUUUCUUCUUCCGCUAAGCUGAGAAUCUCAACACAAAACCGAAUUAAAGUUAAAGGGGCUUAAAGAAAUGCAAGUGCAAAUCCAGCAAACGUAUUGAGGUUAAAAAACGAAAUAUAUAGAUACGCAUCGUUGCACAGGAAACUGAAGCACAGGCUCACAUGGCUGCCCUAUUACAGGGCCGGGAAUCGAACAAAACUAUUAUCAUGCCACUGAAGAUUGUUUAGCGUACUUCUAUUUUCUACUUAUUCUUACAACCGGAACCUCCGGGACUUUCGGGGCCGUAUUGCAGCAGGAUCCGUGAUCUCACUCCACAGUCACCACGUCACGAAGAUUGUCGAAAGAUCGCCAAAGGGCAUCACGCAGCAAGUGUAGAACAAGAGCUCGUAGUUGACUAUGAGUUAGCCAUUAUUAUGAAAUUAAA